AUGGGGAAGUCUCAUACCAAGAUAUACCUCUUUUUUUUUCUUGUUGCAGAGAGACCCUUCAACCCUGGCAGAUUCCUGAUCCAUGCUGUCUCCAACAUCAUCUGCUCCAUUGUCUUUGGGGAUCGGUUUGACUAUGAGGACAAAAAUUUUUUAACUUUAAUUGAUUUGCUAGAAGAAAACACUAAGUACCAGAAUACUAUACAAACACAGCUAUACAAUUUCUUCCCAACUCUCAUGGAGUUUCUACCUGGGCCUCAUCAAGAAAUGUUGAAAAAUAUUGGCAAAGUUGAUAAAUUUAUUUUAGAAAUCACAGCACAACACCAGGAAACCUGGGAUCCUAGUUGUCCUCGAGAUUUCAUCGAUGCUUUCCUUAACAAAAUGGACCAGGAGAAAGAGAAUGGUCACUCAGUAUUCACAGUUGAGUCCCUGACCAGAUCCACACUUGACUUGUUCCUCGCAGGAACAGGAACAACCAGCACCACCCUGAGACAUGGACUUCUGGCUCUCCAGAAAUACCCAGAGAUACAAGAGAAAGUUCAGAAGGAGAUUGACCAUGUGAUUGGCCGAGACCGAAGCCCCUGCAUGGCAGAUCGGAGUCAGAUGCCCUACACAGAUGCUGUAAUCCAUGAAAUCCAGAGAUUCAUUGAUUUAGUUCCACUUAAUGUCCCACAUGCUGUGAUCAAAGACACCAAGUUCAGAAGCUAUUUCAUUCCAAAGGACACAAUGGUAUUACCUCUGCUGACUCCAGUCCUACAUGAUAGCAAAGAAUUUCCAAAUCCAGAAAAAUUUGACCCAGGACAUUUCCUGAAUGCAAAUGGUACAUUUAAAAAGAGUGACUUCUUCAUGCCAUUCUCUGCAGGCAAACGCAUCUGUGCAGGAGAAGGUCUGGCCCGGAUGGAGCUAUUCAUAUUUCUAACAUCCAUCCUGCAGAACUUUACUUUGAAACCUGUUGUGGAUCACAAGGACAUUGACAUUACCCCUAUAAUUACCUCUGUGGCUAAUAUGCCCCAACCUUAUGAGGUCUCUUUUGUUCCACGCUAACCAAGUGGAGACUGCUGUCACAUGCCACACUCAUGAAAGUCUCUGGAUGAAUGACAGUCAUUUCUCAAUCUGUUAAUACUGAAACACUCAGAUAAUUUGCUAGAUGCUUUAUAGUGAAAAACAUAUUUAAUCAAGAAAAUUGUAUGGUGCUUUUAUAAUCGUCAUGGCUAGCUCCAAACAAGAGACAGAGUAGUAAUCUACAUAGGGAAGGAGACAGCUCC